UCAAACCGAGCAGACUAUAUUUGUUUUCUGAAGAAUUGUUUAUUUACAGUUAAACAAAUAAAUACUCGUCGGGUGUUUUUUUGUUGAAUGUAUUGAAAGUUUUAAUUGUUUUAAUUGAUGCUGAAAAUAGAAGACACGUUUAAAAUGGAAAAUAAAGGGUGGUUUUAUUAAAAAAAGUGAAAGCACUUUUGGAGCUUUUAUUUUUGAGAAAUUCAGUUGUUUUCGGUGUUUUAUGUAGAUUUGGGACAAUGGGUGCUGGAAAAAGUCAAUUUAGUGAAGAAGAGCUGCAAGAUUAUCAGGAUCUUACUUAUUUCACGAAGAAGGAAGUUCUUUAUGCUCAUCAAAAAUUUAAAGCCCUAGCCCCAGAAAAAGUGGGUCACAAUCGAAACGCGAAGCUCCCAAUGUCGAAAAUUUUACAAUAUCCAGAGCUGCGUGUAAAUCCUUUCGGGGACCGAAUUUGUAAAGUUUUUAGCUCUAGUCAAGAUGGAGAUUGUACUUUCGAAGAUUUCCUGGACAUGAUGUCAGUGUUUAGCGAUGCGGCCCCAAAAGCAGUGAAAGCUGAGCACGCCUUUAGAAUAUUUGAUUUUGACGGUGAUGAUAUGCUAGGCAUCGGGGAUUUACGACAAGUCGUGGACAGAUUAACUGCUCCUCAGCGAUUAAAUGACACAGAUAUGCAACAGCUUCUUCAAUAUUUAUUGGAAGAAGCUGAUUUAGACGACGACGGGGCUCUGAGUUUUGCGGAAUUUGAACACAUCAUUGAAAAAAGCAGCGACUUUUCCAAAACAUUCCGCAUACGUUUAUGAAGUGCAAGAGUACUUUAAAAAAUGACUCAUUCAACGCAAAGACUGACCAAAAUUGGAUGAACAAAAAUUGGCACAAAGGGCCUACAUUUAUUAUUUAUUUCCUUGUUAAUAUUUAGAAAUUGUGCCAAAUCGACAAAGAGGCCUAAAGAUAUUACCAAUUUCGAUUAAAUGCUACGAACCAUUUUUCCGAUUUCAACGGUAAAUAAUCCAAAGACUAAUUAUUAUACAAAUUCCAUUAAAAAAAAGAAAA